GACAGCAACUGCGCAAUUACCCAGGUUCCCAAUUUCCACUCCUUCCCACCACUCUGCAGCCUUGUAACCCGCCCAACAGCAGCCCGCCUAAUCCCUGCAGGAUCAAGGCCACAUUCUGUCUGGUCUCCCGGAGAACUCGCGCUCUGGAAUUCCACUGGGCGCCCUCGUGACACAAGGACUGCGACAUCACGUUAUUGUACCUGCGUUCGUAUAUCGUCAGCAACCUCCUCGAUCUUCUCGCCCAGGUCCGUUGCUGUCCAACAACGUGGUCAUUCAACAUGAACUUCAUCGGGUUGCAGAUGGUGGUAACCCUCAGAAACCCUCCAGGGGUGAAGUUAAGGGGUACAGUGAGCGAGGUCAUACCUGGGCAGAGCCUUGUUCUGAAAAACGUUCAUACCGUUGGCACCGACAAAUGGAUGCGUCUUAUCGCCCUCGACGCGAACAACAUAGCAGACGUGACACAGUAUAAGGAGCCCGCUCCAGCGCCCAACGAUUUCCCGUCUUCGGCUGCCACUCCCAUGCCUGCUGCCAUCGUUGACCAACCAGCUUCGCUUGUAUUCGUCGACCCCGCCAUCGUCAGUCUGGGGAAGAGGCCAGCUUCCGUCUCCCGAACGACGGCUACGGCUAGUGACUCCCAACCGCCACCGCAGCAGGUAUCGCCUCGACAACGACAACGACAACCACCAGCACCUGAAGACCUCCCCGCACUCGACAUGAGCACGGGUCCGCAGCCUGGGCAGCCGGGCGUGAUUCCCGCUUACCUGGUCUCUGCUUCGAAGACACAGGCGAUAGCGGCUAGUCUACAGGAGGAAUUCAAAUCAUUGCACAUUGGGAACGUCAACAAGUAUUGCGAAACCCUCGGUGAGCAGAAUGAGAGGAACGGCCAAGAUUGGCCGGGACAGCCUCCAAAGAGAAAGAGCCGGAAAUCGAGGCCAAACAAGACGGGACGGAACGGAAGACUGGAGGAGCCGCCAAUGGACACUUCGGCAGCGGAUACGGCGACAUCGGCGGGCCGCGGGAAGGGGUGGAGGCAGACACCAAUACUACGGAGCACCGCUUCGUUUCAGCCAUACAAGGCCCUGAGAGGAAACGGGAAGAAGGCCAUGGCUGACAGCGGAUGGGCCUCAGGAGACGUCACCGAGGAGAUGGGCGAGUUCGACUUUGAAGAUAACCUGGCCAAGUUUGACAAGCGCAGCCUCUUCGACCAGUUACGGAGAGCCGAUCGCGUGGACGAGGCAGAUCGGCUUGUCUCGCACAACCGCAAGCCCAAACCCGGCGCGACGACGGGUGGCAAAAACUUCCAUUACUCAGAAAACGUCCUGGACAGACCCUCGUCCACGAGGCUGAAGAUGGCCGACUAUAUCUGGUCCAGCGAGGCAGAUGACGGCGACGAGGGUGUGGAGGGGCUCAGCGGCCGCGACGUCAGGAGUAGUCUGAGCAUGCGUCGGACAGAUAGCAAGUCCGGCACAGCGAGACGGUCCCAGUCCCGAAAAGCCAGUGGGGCGGCAACCCAGCCGCAGUCCCGCAUGCCGCCGGCCACGGCCCCUUUUCAGCCCGGCUUCUAUCUCGUCCCGUCGAAUCGCCGCGUUGAGACGGUCUCGGCACUGCAAAUGCUCAACCUAGAGAACAUUGCGGCCAACGAGAUCGGGCUGACGGAGGAUAUGAUGGCGGAGAACGCGGGCCGAGGCAUCGCACAAGUCACGUUGACGGCGCUGUCGGAUCCCGCGAUCCAGCUCCGGCUCGGUACCGGAGGCCCAAAUGGCCCGCACGUCAGCCCGGCAAGCAUGGGUACCGUCGUCGUCCUCGCGGGCAACAACAAGUCGGGCAUCCGUGCGGUGGCCGCGGCCCGCCACCUGCGCAACAAGGGCGUUAGCGUCCUCGUCUGCGUGGUCGGCAUCGAGCGCGAGCAGGAUCUGCUCGAAGACAUGCGCCAACAGGUGCGCGUCUUCAAGAACAUGGGCGGCCGUAUCCACAGCAAGAUCGAGCUCUUCGAGCACAUCCGCAAGGCGUCGCAUCCCGCCCCUCCCGUGACGCUCAUCGUGGACGCGCUGCUCGGCCUCGCCAUCUCCUUCGAGGAACUGCGCACGGGCGACCAGGCCACCGUGUACGAGCUCAUCGAAUGGGCGAACCGCAACGAGGCGUUCACCCUCGCGGUCGACGUGCCCACGGGGAUUGACCCUUCGUCCGGCAAGGUCAGCAUCAUCGACGGCAGCCGCCUCUAUGUGAAACCGCGGUACGUCGUCAGCAUGGGGGCGCCCAAGAAAGGUCUCCUCGAGGCCAUGACUCCCGAAGAUGGUGACGACGAUGGCCUCGAGAACGGCGGCGCAAACGGGGAUUCCUCCCUGGUGGCCGACGGAGACGAGUGGAAGCUCUUUAUCGUCGACCUGGGUCUCGGCGCCGCGGUGUGGAGGAAAGCCGGCACCAAACUCCGGCGAGGGGUCGACUUUGAUGAUCAGUGGGUGUUGGAGAUGCGCUACCAAGGCAUGGCAGACCCGGAUGAGGCAGAUUAUUGAUACUCGGGUGGCUGGGUCUGAGCGAGUUGGACGACAUACUGGGAAUGGAGAGAUUUUCCGGCUCGAUUCGUGAGUGGCUUUUUGCGGUUGAAGGUACAAUUUUAUCCAACCCCCCCCCCCCUUUUUU